AUGAAUUACUACGCCUAUAAGGCCCUGAAGACCGGGCCCUCCAAUCCCGGCAGCAAGCCCGUGCCGGCCGGCGCGCCGGACUGCCUCAAGGGGAUUGCCUUUGUCUUCACCGGCGAGCUGGAAUCCACCGAUCGCGAGGUGGCCGAGCAGCUGGUCAAGCGCUGCGGCGGCUUCGUCCGGACAUCGAUCAGCUCCAAGACCAACUACGUGGUGGUCGGCGAGAAUCCCGGCCCCUCGAAGAUGGCCAAGACCCUGUCGCUGAAGGUGCCCACCCUGACGGAAGACGAGUUCUUGGACCUGGUGCGCACGCGAUCCGGCGAGUCGGCCCCCGAACCGGCGGCUCCGGCCACCGCGGUUGCCAGCACCCCGGCCCUGAAGGCCGAGUCCUCGCCGACCGCCGGGUCGCCGAUGCGCCGGCCGGCCGACCCGCCAGUCGCGGCCGCGGCCGCGCCCGAGACCACACACAACCGUCCCCUGCCAGCCGUGGGGUCGGGCCCGGCGGCCGCCAGCGCCGCGGCCCAAACCGAGCAGCUCCUCUGGACCGACAAGUACCGGCCCACCAGCAUGGAUGACAUUGUCGGCAACAAGCAGAAUGUCCAGCAGCUGAUGGCCUGGCUGCGGAGCUACUCGCCCAAUCCGAAUGCCUCGCUGCAGCAGCGCGCCGUGCUGAUCAGCGGCCCGCCCGGCAUCGGCAAGACCACCGCCGCGCACCUGGUGGCCAAGGCCUGCGGGUAUGAUGUCAUCGAGUUCAAUGCCAGCGACACGCGCAGCAAGAACCUCCUGCGCGAGCAGCUCGGCUCGGCCAUCCAGAGCCACGGCAUCGGGUCCUUCUUCAAGUCGGCCCCCAGCGCGACGGCCGCCCCGGCAGCCGCCGCCGCCGGCGCCGCCCCCCGACCGGUGCUCUACAUCAUGGACGAGGUGGACGGCAUGUCGGCCGGCGACCGCGGUGGCAGCGGCGAGCUCAUCCAGCUGAUCAAGGCCUCCCGGGUGCCGAUCAUCUGCAUCUGCAACGACGCCAUCAGCCCCAAGGUCCGCAGCCUGCAGAACCACUGCCUGCACCUGCGCUUUGCCCGGCCAAGCGCCGCCAUGGUUUCCAGCCGCAUCCGGCAGAUCGUGCAGAGGGAGGGCCUCGAAAUCGAGCAGAACGCCAUCGACCAGCUGGUGGCGUCGACACACAAUGACAUCCGCCAGGUGAUCAACCUCCUGUCCACCUUCGCCCUCAAGACCAAGGCCACCGGGCUGUCCAGCCACAUCACCUACGACUCGGCCCGGCUUCUAUCCGAGAACAACAAGGACCUGGAAUUCGGCCCCUUCGACCUGAUUGGCCGGUUUUUGUCGUCACAGUACUCGCGCUACUCGGUGUCCGAGCACAUGGACCAUUACUUCUCCGACUACUCGCUGAUGCCUCUGAUGAUUCAGGGCUUCUCGCUGCUGCCGGCGCACUCGAUCCUCUCAAGUGUCCUGCCCUCUUUCUACAUCCACGGGCAGGUGGGCAGCCGCUUUGAGUUCCCCUCGUGGCUGGGCCAGAACUCGACGGCCAGCCGGGGGCAGCGCCUGACGCGCGAGCACCACUCGCAGUCGCUCCUCGAGGUGUCGGCCUCGCGCACGGAAUACCGGCUGGACUACAUGCCGCACCUGAUGGACCGCAUUGUGACCCCCCUGCGGGAGGAGGGCACCGAUGGCAUCGACGCGGCCAUCGGCAUCAUGGACGAUUACACCAUCCUGCGUAGCCAGCUGGAUGACUUUGGCGAUGUCAAUGGCGACCCGCGCGGCGGCGCGGCCGCCAUCCAGAAGAUGACCCAAACCGGCCGCGUGACCAUCCCCCUCGGGCCGAAGAAGAUCCCCUUCGACACCCUGGGCACCCAGGUGAAGGCGGCCUUCACGCGGUCGUACAACUCCCGGCCCCAUACCUUCGGGCACCUGGCCGGGGCGGCGGCCGUCGGCGGGUCAUCCCGCACCCGGGCCAGCACCUCGACCGCUGGCCUGAUGCCCGAGGACCCGGACUUCGAGCCGGAAGUCGUCGCCAGCGACAGCGACUCCGAGGCCGCCUCGGCCAGCGGCUCCGAGGAGAAGAUCUUCACCGGGGCCCUGGCCAAGCGCCGGGUGCCCAAGAAGCGUGCCGGGGCCGCCCCCAAGAAAGCCCCUGCCACCAAGAAGGCCCGCUCGUGA